CUAUUUGGGCUUUUUAUUGGGGUCUCCUUAAAAGAAGCAAAUGCUUCUGAUGCUUUUUCAGCAAUUAGAGCAGAAGAAAGAAAAAGAAAAGGCUUCAUUCUAUUCACUUGUUGCCGUCAUCUUUUGAUCAACUUUCUAGCGGGGGAAACAUAGGGUUUUCGAGAGAGAAAAUUAUUAGCCAUGUCUCUAGGCUAUGCAGAGAAGCUCUCCUUCAUAGAAGAUGUGGGUAAAGUUGGAAUGACUGAAUUCUUCGACUCAUCCCAUGUUUUGCAGGAGAAAAUUGAACGCCUUGUGAAGAUGAUCCAAAAGAGUAAGCAUCUAGUGGUGUUUACAGGUGCAGGAAUAUCAACUUCUUGUGGCAUACCUGAUUUUCGAGGCCCCAAGGGAAUCUGGACACUGCAGCGUGAGGGCAAACCUUUACCUGAAGCAUCUUUGCCAUUUCAUCGAGCAAUGCCAAGCAUUACUCAUAUGGCCUUGGUUGAACUUGAGAAGGCUGGAAUUCUAAAGUUUGUUAUUAGUCAGAAUGUUGAUGGCCUCCAUCUUCGGUCUGGAAUACCAAGGGAGAAACUUGCUGAAUUGCAUGGGAACUCCUUCAUGGAAGCUUGCCCUUCAUGUGGAUCUGAGUAUUUGCGGGAUUUUGAAGUGGAAACUAUUGGGUUGAAGGAGACAUCACGCCGCUGCACUAAUGUGAAAUGUGGAACAAAACUAAGGGAUACAGUUCUUGACUGGGAGGAUGCAUUGCCUCCAAAAGAGAUGCUUCCAGCUGAGAAGCACUGCAGGAUGGCUGAUCUUCUAUUGUGUUUAGGCACAAGUUUGCAGAUCACUCCUGCAUGCAACCUGCCACUGAAAUGUCUCCGUGGUGGGGGCAAGAUGGUGAUUGUGAAUCUUCAGAAAACUCCAAAGGACAAGAAUGCAAGUUUGGUGAUCCAUGGAUUUGUAGAUAAGGUAGUUAUUGCAGGAGUCAUGGAUUUUCUUAGCAUACGAAUUCCUCCAUAUGUCAGGAUUGAUCUUUUCCAGAUCAUCAUAACUCGGUCAUUGAGUGCAGAUAAAAAAUUUGUGAACUGGACCCUCCAAGUAGCAAGUGUGCAUGCACUGAAAGCACCAUUGCCAUUCUUAAAGUCCAUUGAGGUUUCCUUCUCAGAUGCUCAAAAGUAUAAAGCAGCAAUUCUACAUGAGCAGCCUUUUAACCUGAAACGGAGAACUGUGACAACAGAAGCAUUUGAAAUUUUGUUGAAACUCAACUUCAGUGAUGGCUGUGGUUGCCUGUGCACCCAAAUCAAUAUCCCUUUUGGUUUUAAGGGUUUAAAUGGCUGUUGCAACCUUGAUAAGGACACUGUAAUACAAGAUCUGAGAGAGAAGGCGAUUCAAGAUAUCUGUUGUGGUCAGAAUGCAGUGAUUGAAAGAAUUUUAGCUCCGAGAACUGAGUUCACAGUCCAUGCCGUUGUAACCAGCAUCAAAGCAUUUGAAUCUGAAUCUGAUUUUUUGAAUAAUGAUGUGAAAAGAGCAACGGAAAGUAUAAACGGUCCUCAGACAUCUCAAAAACGAUCAAAAGGUCGGAAGCGGAAAUCAAUAUUUUAAAGACUAGGGCUUAUAUUUUGGUUGUAUAUGUACAUAUUUGUUAUAACUCAUAGAAAUAUGGUGUUCUGUGCCAGUGACUGGGUGAAUUUUGUUAGAUAUUACACUCGGUCUCCCUAGCUGCGGUAGGCAAGUGACAAAUUUGAGAUCAUAAAGGGUUCUAUACUUCACCCUCAAAAAAAAAAAAAAAAGGUGCCAGAGUGGGCUUAUGUAGAAUUGCUUGUGUUUCUCAAGCAUACAUUGGAGUGGACAAAAGAAUGAAAAUCAUUACUGCUUA